UAUUGUACCAAGAAAUUUCACGCCGACCGCAAAUUUGCCGACAUUCUAGCUCUGUACGUCAAGUCUACAGCCGCUAUUGGUGGGGACCAAUAUCUUUCUAGCUCCUGGCAAGUGUACAAUGACAUGAUGGAGUCUUGCCCAGAUGCCUUGCGCAUCUUAGCACAGGACUUUCCAUGGCCAAAAUUAAACUGUGGGCGUCUCCCUACUAAAUUAUCUUCAAGCAACGAUUUGACCGAGACCUCUCACACUCCUAUCAUUUUCCAGCAAGACGUUCAUCGCAUCUUUGAAGGAACCAAUCUCCUCAGUCCCGUGCAGCGGAAAGCUCUGGAUCUUCUAGAGACUUUUGCCAACAAGAAUUCCAUCAAGUUGGACGUCGAAGUUGGAGACAUUCAGCUCGUCAACAAUUUGGCCCUUCUUCAUGCGCGGCGAGCUUGGGUUGAUCGCCCAGGGCAAGAGAGACACUACUAUCGACUCGGGCUACGCGAUCCCGGCAACUAUUGGAAGAGGCCUUUGAAGUAUGAGGCAGUUUUUGAUGAUCAUUUCCAUACCGCCCCUGAAGAGCAGUCAAUCCCAGUGUCGGAUUUUGACCCCUAUGGACUGACGAGCUUAGCUCACCACCCACAUGGCUAGGGGUGGUUUAGCUGUGCUACACAGGAAGCGGAGUAAUUAUAGCUUUAUCCCUCUUUAUCGAAGACUUGGGUUCUGCUGUUAGUCAUUUACUCGUAGACAAACCCUUG